AGGUAGAGGGAGGAGCCUGGUACUUUAACACUGGAUACAGGAACCUUUGAUGGCCAAAAUCAUGACAUCACAGUGCCACAAAUCCCAGUCCUGCUGUGGGUUUGGUCCACCGUUUGGAUGUCAUGUAACAACAUUUCCCAGGUUACUGUUAAUGUUGUUUCUGGGUCUAAGUCCAGAGACAUGGGCUCAGCAGGGCACACAACCACACUCCAUCAAGAUUGAGGGGGACAUCACCCUGGGUGGCCUGUUCCCAGUGCACUCCCGUGGGCCAGCCGGUGUGCCCUGUGGUGAGAUCAAGCGGGAGAAAGGUAUCCACCGUAUGGAGGCCAUGCUGUAUGCCCUGGAUCAGAUCAACAGUGACCCUGACCUCCUGCCUAACAUCACCCUGGGGGCCAGAAUCCUGGACACCUGUUCUAGAGACACCUACGCCCUGGAGCAGUCACUCACCUUCGUCCAGGCCCUCAUCCAGAAGGAUAACUCGGACGUGCGCUGCUCUAAUGGCGAGCCACCCAUCAUUCCCAAACCGGAGAGGGUGGUCGGAGUAAUCGGGGCAUCAGGCAGCUCAGUGUCCAUCAUGGUGGCUAACGUGCUGAGACUCUUUGCGAUCCCCCAGAUUAGUUAUGCGUCCACGGCUCCAGAGCUGAGUGACAAAAGCCGUUAUGAGUUCUUUUCCCGUGUGGUCCCUCCUGACUCCUACCAGGCCCAGGCCAUGGUGGACAUCGUCAAGGCUAUGGGGUGGAACUACGUAUCUACACUGGCCUCAGAAGGAAACUACGGAGAGAGCGGUGUCGAUGCCUUCCUCCAGAUAUCUCGAGAGGCAGGAGGUCUAUGCAUCGCCCAAUCCAUUAAAAUCCCCCGAGAGCCCAAACCAGGGGGCUUUGAUAAGAUCAUCAAGAGACUAAUGGAGACCUCUAAUGCUCGUGGGGUCAUCAUCUUUGCCAAUGAGGAUGACAUCAGACGUGUCUUAGAGGCAGCAAAGAGGGCCAACCUGACGGGUCACUUCCUUUUUGUGGGCUCUGACAGCUGGGGGGCCAAGAGCUCGCCCAUCCUGGACCAGGAGGAUGUGGCUGAGGGAGCUGUCACCAUCCUCCCUAAGAGGGCCUCCAUCGACGGGUUCGACAACUACUUCACCUCAAGAUCUCUGGAAAACAACAGAAGGAACAUCUGGUUUGCUGAAUACUGGGAGGACGACUUCAAAUGUAAACUGACCCGAGCAGGUAUCAAGUACGACCUUGGUAGGAGAAAAUGUACAGGUGAAGAGAGAAUCGCUCAAGAAUCUCAGUAUGAGCAGGAAGGGAAGGUACAGUUUGUGAUUGACGCGGUGUAUGUCAUGGCCCAUGCCUUACACAGCAUGAACCUGGACCUCUGUCCGGGCUCCAUGGGUGUCUGUGAGAAGAUGGACCCAGUGGAAGGGAGUAAGCUGCUCCAAUACAUUCGCUCAGUCAACUUUAAUGGCAGUGCAGGGACUGGGGUCAUGUUCAAUGAGAAUGGAGAUGCUCCUGGUCGCUAUGACAUCUUCCAGUUCCAGCUCUCCAACACCACCAACCCUGGCUACCGGUGUAUUGGCCAGUGGACAAACCAUCUGCGACUCAAUGCUGAGGAGAUGCAGUGGUCGGGUGGGGACAGUGCAGUUCCUGACUCAGUGUGCAGUUUCCCCUGUGAGCUAGGAGAGAGGAAGAAGAUGGUGAAGGGUGUGCCCUGCUGCUGGCACUGCGAGCUGUGUGACGGAUAUCAGUACCAGCUGGAUGAGCUAAACUGUGACAUGUGUCCCUUCGACAUGCGUCCCAUGCCAAACCGGACGGGCUGCCGGUCCACACCCAUUAUCAAGCUGGAAUGGAGCUCCCCCUGGGCCAUCAUCCCUGUGUUCCUCGCUGUCUUGGGCAUCUUAGCCACUUCUGGAUGCAUCAUCACCUUCAUCCGCUUUAACGACUCCCCCAUCGUCCGGGCCUCUGGCCGGGAGCUCAGCUAUGUUCUCCUGACAGGCAUCUUCCUCAUCUACCUCAUCACCUUUCUCAUGAUUGCAGAGCCCAGCGCCCCAGUGUGUGCGUUCCGCAGGCUGCUGCUGGGUCUGGGCAUGUGUAUUACCUACUCAGCUAUGCUCACCAAGACCAACCGCAUUUACCGUAUCUUUGAGCAGGGCAAGAAAGCAGUCACGCCACCUCCGUUCAUCAGCCCUGCUUCUCAGCUGAUCAUCACCUUUAUACUCAUUGGAGUGCAGUUACUUGGAGUUUUCAUCUGGUUUGGAGUGGUGCCCCCACACACCAUCAUAGACUAUGAGGAGCAGCGCCCGCCCAACCCAGAGUUUGCACGUGGGGUCCUGAAAUGUGACAUGUCCGACCUGGCCCUGGUCCUCUGCUUGAGCUACAGUAUCGUGCUGAUGGUGACCUGCACUGUGUACGCCAUCAAGAGCAGAGGGGUGCCAGAGACCUUCAACGAGGCAAAACCCAUUGGCUUCACCAUGUACACCACCUGCAUCGUGUGGCUGGCCUUUGUUCCCAUCUUCUUUGGCACAGCCCAGUCUACUGAGAAGAUGUUCAUCCAGACCACCACCCUGACGGUGUCCAUGAGCCUGAGUGCCACUGUGUCCCUGGGCAUGUUGUACAUCCCUAAGGUCUAUGUUAUCAUCUUCCAUCCGGAGCAGAACGUACAGAAACGCAAACGCAGCUUCAAGGCUGUGGCUUCAGCAGUGACCACACAACUCUCCCAGAAAGAAGACAAGCAGAACGGAGAGUCCAAAAGUAGCGCCAUAGUCCCUGACAGAUCACAGUGA